CCCAAGUCUAACAAGUCAAUUCUUUGAGAGCUUAUCAACUUCACUUGCAAAUAAUCGGAACUCUCUCACCGCAACCCAUCUUCCUCCCUUGCAUUUCCGGACACCAAGACAACGAUGUCUAAUCCGUCAGAAUCGGCCGCCUUUCCGACUGGAUAUUCUUUCCCGCCGUCUACUGCCGACCCUCGUGUUCCGCUACAAAACCUAUCAAUGGUGCGGGUGAGAAUGGAUUCUGUGCAGCAGUUCUUGGCAGAUUCGGUCAACAACAAUAACUUAAUGAGCAAAGGUCAGAUGGAAAUGGUCUCCGCCGAGAUCUCCUCCGCUAUCCACCAGAUCAUCGUCAAUGGCGCUGCACUUCUGGCGUGUUCCCAAUCGGUGGUCGAGCCUCCGACAGCUGGUAAACUUGCUGAGAGACUUUCAGAUCCACCUGAUCCGAAAUUUGCUGCGGAACUGUCUAAUUCAUUGGAGGAUAACUCCGAUAAAGGGAAUCAGCCAGCGGUGUUCAGUUUAAAAGUGGAGGAAAGGGAUGAUUUUGAUGUUGACUGCGACAUAGUAGAGCUCGACGCUGUGGAAUUGCUGGCGGAGCACGUUCAUUUCUGUGAGAUAUGUGGGAAAGGGUUCAAGCGAGAUGCUAAUCUGCGCAUGCACAUGCGUGCUCAUGGAAAUCAGUUCAAAACUCCAGAGGCGCUUGCGAAGCCCGAUAAGGGAAAGGAAUCAUCGGCGGCGGCGACUAGGAAAACACGAUUCUCGUGUCCCUUCGAGGGGUGUAAUAGAAACAAGAAACACAAGAAGUUCAGGCCACUUAAAUCUGUGAUUUGCGUGAGGAAUCAUUUCAAAAGGAGCCAUUGUCCCAAGAUGUACUCGUGCAAUCGUUGCAACAAGAAGAGUUUCUCUGUGGUGGCGGAUUUGAAGAGCCACUUGAAGCACUGUGGAGAAUCCAGAUGGAAGUGCUCGUGCGGAACUACCUUUUCCAGGAAAGAUAAGUUGUUUGGGCACAUGGCGUUGUUUGAAGGCCACAUGCCGGCUGUUGUUGGGGAAGACGACGACAGAGCAAAGAGUGACGUAGCAGCUAUGGAGGCGGAUGAAAAUGGGGAAGGAACCAUCGAAGAAGGGGAUCAAUUGCAGGGGAACUCUGUGGAUAAUGGGCUUUUUGAGGGAUUGCUUGAUGGGUUUGCUUCCAUUGAAGGGUACAAUUUGGAGGAUGUUCUGGAGUCUGCCAGAAACGGCUGGGGCAGUGAAAUGGAGGGCUUGUGUGGUGGUACUGAGCGGAGCUAGCUUUGAUCAGGUAGAUUUUCUCUUCAGCCUAAUGGGGAGAUGGAUGGUGAUGCAUGAUCUCCUGUUGUUGGAUACAUAUUCUUAUUCUUUGUAAUAAGAGGAAUGCAGUGGUUUACGACAUUAAUUUUUACGUUUUUGCGUAGUGUCUUUUCCUAUUACUUUUAGGAAUAAUUUCUGUAUAAUUUUCCGACAUCUAAUAAAGUUGCAUCUCGUUUAACUA